UUAUAUAAGACUGGAUACUUAAUUACACAAAUAACAACAAAUAAUCUUUUUAACAAUAUGGUUUUUCAAUUCCAACUUGUCAUCAUUUUUGGCGCGUGUUAUCCACGCUCCUAGCCAAUAUCUAUCUAUCUAUCCACAAAACCCUUUGGUUGUCCUAAAACCCUUCUCUUUCAUAUCGAAGCAAAACCCCAUCAAUGGCUUCUUCUUCUUCGUCUUCUGCUUCAAAAUUCUUACAGUUCGGAACUACAAUCUUCCGAGCCCACAAACCUCUAUCUCUAUUACCAAAACCUUCUAUUAUCUGUUCCUCCUCCUUCUCCAAAAUUUUCCUUUCUUCCCAAUCCCUGCGUUUCCCCGCCACCCGUAGUAGCUACUACUGUUCCUCCGCCGCCGUUGAUGCUGUCUCCGCCUUAGAAAGCAGCAGCACUGAAGAAUCUCGUCACCCUUGGCCUGAAUGGACGGCCUUCGUUGACCGAUUGACUACCAAGGGUUAUUUUGGCGAAACCCUUGCUGCUGAUGAAGCUGACAGUCUUUACAAGAAUAUGAAAAUUUUGAAAGAUCCUUGUCUCAGCUUCGCUCGUGAUCGUUACGAUGUUCUCAAAUCAUUGUCGACGAAAGAUAUUGAGGUGCUUGUUGGAGGUGGAUGUCCUAAUCUGUUAAGGAAAGCUGUUAAUUCAGCUAAAAGAUUGAGAGCCUAUGUCAGACUCGAUGAAGGGGAUGUCUGUAGUGCUUGCAAUCUGCGAGGUUCCUGUGAUAGAGCUUAUACAAUCUUAAAGGAAUUUGAAGCUGAUGCCCGGACAGUGGAUAUAGUGCGCAUAUUGCUUUUUUAUGCUCUCGAUCCAAUUGUUAUCUCAGGGGGUGAAAAACCUGUAGGUAGAGAGCUUGUUGAAUCGUCUGCAAGAAAAUUACUUUUGGAGUUGCUUGAGCUCAGUGAAACGCCCGUUGAUCCAUCACUUCCACAGCCUGCUGCCAAAGUUCCAAAGAAGAAAGAACAAGUGUCGAGUUUGACAGAUGAUGACUUGUCGAAUAAUGUUGAAAUGAAGAGAGGAGAUUGGAUUUGUUCUAAUUGCAAUUUCAUGAACUUCUCCAAAAAUUUACGAUGCCUAAAAUGCAAAAAUGAUGGCCCUAAAAGUGUUGGCAAAAGCGAGUUUGAAAUGAAGAAAGGAGAUUGGAGCUGUCCCGAAUGUAAUUUCACCAAUUUCGCCAGAAAUAUCCGCUGCCUGAAGUGCAAAGCUGAGGGACCAAAGAAAUCUGGAGGAACUGAUAUUGAAAUGAAGAAAGGAGAUUGGAAUUGCCCAAAGUGUGAGUUCAUGAAUUUCGCAAGCAAUGCAAAAUGUCUACGUUGUCUCGAGUCACGUCCCAAAAGACUCUUAAAUCCCGGAGAGUGGGAAUGUCCCUCAUGUGAUUUCCUGAAUUAUAGAAGAAACACAGCGUGCCUGAAGUGCAGGUGCGACCGCCCUAAAGAAGCAGCAGCAAAUAGCGACUACCAGGAGAAUGUUUGGAGGCGCCCUCGCUAGCUGUGUACUUCUAUUAAUGCCCGAACACACAGUUGGAUGAUGUUAAUGAGAAGCAGUGUUACAAGCUAUCAUUACUUACAAUGAUCAUUAUUAGGUUUUAUUCACGAUUCAUCGAACUGACUCGAGCCCCCCAACACAAGAUAGUGUGCUGGCUUGGUGCUUGCGAGCUUUAUUCCGUCGGUGGUUUUAUAAGGAUACAAUACAAAACUGAGACAACAUCAACGACACAGAAUGGCUUUCUUCAUACUUAAGAAGGUGAAUUUAGAACUUGAUAUUGCGUAGAAGUUUCGGUAACUAUAUGUUCAUGGUUAGUGUGAGCACAAUUUUGGGCUAUUAUAUUGUAUUUUUGUUUCCAAUUUUUGCACUUAAUCUGUUAAUACAGUUAAUUCAAUAUCAGUUAUGGAGAGUUUUGACAAGAGGAUUAGCUCAAAUAGUCAGACAUGUAGUUUGUUUUCGUAGUGGCUUGAGGUUCGAGUCUCUCCUGUCGGUAUUUAUGUAAAAACAAGAGAAUUAGCUCAAAUAGUCAGACAUGUAGUUUGUUUUCG